ACACUUCCGCCGCUCUCUCUCUCGCUCUGGAGGCAUCAAUAUCUCUGCUGCAAGGUUUCUCUGGGGAGGAAAUCUGCCAAGAAAUGGGUGGUUCAGGGAAGUGGAUCAAGUCCUUGAUUGCAGGCAUCAAGAAGCAAGAGCAGGAUGGCUGUGAAAGGAGCGGUGGUGGCGAUAAUGGAAGGAGCAGGAAGUGGACGAAGCUGUGGAGGAGCUCCUCAUGGGACCACCUGUCGCUGCGGCGGGGGUCGAGGGGCAGUAGCCACCGAUCGGCAGCGUCCGACGCCUCGUCUGUCGCCGACGCGUUCACCGCCGCCGCGGCGACCGUCGUCCGCGCCCCGCCGAGGAACUUCAGGGUGGUCAGGCAGGAGUGGGCGGCCAUCCGCAUCCAGACCGCCUUCCGCGCCUUCCUGGCGAGGCGAGCGCUGCGGGCGUUGAGGGGGAUCGUGAGGCUGCAGGCCAUAGUGAGGGGGCGGCAAGUGCGGAAGCAGGCGGCAGUGACGCUGAGGUGCAUGCAGGCCCUGGUGCGCGUGCAGGCGCGCGUCCGGGCGCGGCGGGUGCGCAUGUCCACCGAGGGCCAGGCCGUGCAGAGGAUGCUCGAAGCCCAUCGGGGCCAACUGGAUCCUCUGAAGGAAGCGGAGGAAGGAUGGUGCGACAGUCCGGGCACAUUGGAAGAAGUAAGAGCGAAGUUGCAGAUGAGGCAGGAGGGAGCUGUUAAGAGGGAAAGAGCUAUUGCUUAUGCCCUUUGUCAAAAGCAAUCUUUGUCAACCGUGAGUGGGAGGUCAAAGCAAACCACAGCCUCUCUCAAGCAUCAUGGCCUUGAUAAGGGUAAUGGGAAGUGGUGCUGGUUGGAGAGGUGGAUGGCUGCCAAACCCUGGGAAAACAGGUUGAUGGAGUGUACAGGCCAGAAGGAUCUUCCUGAAGCAGAAUCCAAAGAAGACAAUUGUGGCAUCCGCACAACAUGCGGUGAACCUGGUUCAGUGAAAAUAAACAAGAACAACAUGACCAUGAGGGUUUCAGCGAGACCUCCAACCAUUACUCACAACCAUGGCUGCAGAACUCGUCCUUCCUCAUCUCCAAGCACUGAAUUAUACUACAACGAGAGUUCUGCAUCGUCGUCAUCGUUCUGCAUGUCGACGCCGAUCUCAACCAGCACUCUUUUGGGCUCAGAGAGAACAGAGGACAGCAACAGAAGUAGGCCCAGCUACAUGAGCUUGACUGAAUCAAUCAAGGCAAAACAGAGAGCUUUCAAUGUGCCGAGAAUGAUGAUGCAUGGACAUCCAUCUGCGGAUGCUCGCUCUCAUCGGAGGACUUUGUCUAGUAUUGACAUCAAGAGCACUGACCGCUUGAAUCAUUCAGCUUUUUCUUGCAAUCUGGAGAAUCCACUGCCACAAAGGGUUAAGAUUUCUAUGAGAAGCAUGGAAAAAGAAGAUGGUUACUAUGGCAAAGAACAUACUUUUGUAUCUUAUGGUUCUUGAAGUUUGGCUUCAUUACCUCGGUAUGUAUGACUUCUUUGCAUGUGUCGUGCUCGUUCAACAUCUUGUUGUAAUGUGUGAUUAUAACUUCUGAGACAACUAAAAGUUCUCACUGCCAAGAGAUUGAGAUUGUUUUUA